UGAGGUGAAACAAAGGAGAGAUGAGGAGGAUGGCAACGAAAAGUCUUUGGCUGUUCAUUUUCAGUGCAAUUCUGGUGACUGCUCAUGCCCUCACUGUGGAAGCACCUGCCAAGGAAAUACAGGUGGCACGAGGGAACAACGUUACUCUCGGCUGUAAUUUUAAAACAGACGCUUCGAUUGACUCAGGAGAUGUUGUUGUCUGGAGGAAAAUCAAUAGUGCGGAUGAUGCUGUCACUAGGUAUUUCGAUGGACUUGUACAGUAUGGCAAGGGCUAUGAGAACCGUAUACAGUUUAGUGGUGAUGUAAACAAAGGGGACAUCAGUAUCACCAUCAAUGCAGUGACCAUGGAAGACAAUGGGACAUACGCAUGCAACGUUCGUCUACGGAAUGACCCCCCGAGACGGACUGCAACCUUGGCUCUUUUCGUCCUUGUUGCACCAUCCAAGCCAGAAUGCCAGAUUUUGGGGACAACAGAAUAUGGACAGACAAUCAAUCUGACCUGCAUUUCUCAUGAGGGCUCCCCAAAGCCCAGAUAUACCUGGCAAAGCUUCAAUGUACAAAAUGAGCCCCGUGUACUACAAACAACAGAAGGGGAACAAAUAACUCUGAAGAACAUCUCGGCAGAUACCUCUGGCUUUUACAUCUGCACUUCAACAAACAUUGUGGGAAAGGAAUUUUGCAACAUGACAGUCAGCGUUGUACCACCAUCCAUGAACAUAGCUCUUUACGCUGGCAUCAUUGGUGGAGCUGUUGCUGCAAUUGUAGUUAUUGGUAUUUUAGCCUAUUGCUGCUGCUGUCGGGCAGACAAGGAGAAGGACUAUGAGAUGACGGAGCGAGAAGACAGAAAUGAACCCUCCAACGAGAUGCCUUCAAAGAAUCAGAGAGCAGAGGAGAGGAAUGUUGAUGAUGAAUGA